AUGGCUGCACGUCAAGGUCCACUAGCAGCGGCUGCUCAUCAAAUAUGCUCACAAGUCUUGUUGUCUGUGUCUCUUCUCACACUUGCACUGGUGGCAUCUGCUCAGUCCUUGAUCGCCACUUCUAUAUCGCAAGGUGAUUACAGAACUGUGAAGGAAGUCACUUAUUUUGUGCUAAAGAUAGGAUUAGUCACAGGGGUUGCAUUGGCUUUGGUUUUGGGCGUAUCUUUUGGUACGUUAGCCACCUUGUUUACCAGUGAUGCAGAUGUAUUAGGAAUCGUUAGAACUGGGGUGUUGUUUGUCAGCGCCAGUCUACCUUUGAAUUCUUUAGCUUUUAUUUUCGAUGGCCUCCAUUGUGGUGCUUCGGAUUUCGCAUUUGCUGCUCGUUCUAUGAUGCUUGUGGGGACAAUAUCUUCCAUGUUUCUGCUGUAUGCCUCAUCAAUUUUUGGUCUUCCCGGUGUUUGGUGUGGCUUGACUCUCUUUAUGGGGUUGCGAACGGUGGCAGGAUACAUCAGAUUAAUGUCAAAGAGUGGCCCAUGGUGGUUCCUGCAUAAGGAUCGAAAGAGAAUUGAGAGGUGGGAUUGGCGUGGGAGGUACUUUGCAAAGCGAACUCACACCACCACCAACCGGAGUAAUCAAGCCUCCCUUCAAGCACACCUUGCUCUUGCGGAUCGAAUCGAUCAGUUCUUGAGGGACUUUCUUCAUGUUGCCGUGGACAUCGUAGCUCUCGAAGUAUACAGGCGCGUGCAUUGCCUCCACGACCUGCUCGACUGCGCCGGUGACCAGAGAACCAAUUCCUUCCGUCGCCCGGUAUCAGAGUAA